AAGCGGCGUGGGCCGUGGACUCACGGUUUAGUUUUGACAGUUUUAUUAAUGAUAUUGUUUGCAGUUUGAAUAUCUUAAUAUUCUAAAUAAAUCCUUCAUUUGUGUUCCUUUAACAUGUUCAUUUCACGUUUAACAGACAAAGUCUAACGUUGAAAUUAUGUAAAGCUGUAAUAAAAUAGCGUAUUUAAUAAUCUCAACAUAAUUAUUAGAGGUAGGACGUAGUGUUCUUAAAUUAUCAUGUCCCUGGAAUAAGAUGUUUUAUAAAUAUUGUGAUAAUAGUCUAAUUAUAGCUGGUGAAUAUUAAAGUUUGUGUCACAGUUACAAUAAACUACAGUUGAACGAAAUCUAAUCGAAAAAUGAAUUUUCUUUUUCCCGAGGGUGUUUGUUUACGUUCAGUUUAACCGCCCAGUGCCAACAAAACAUAUUUAUAAUUAAAGGAAUGUCGGUAACGUCGCAAGAUGCUUCACUGUCGAAUCCAACGAAGACAGACAAACAUACAAUACAUUGGUUCAGAAAGGGACUCCGACUUCACGACAAUCCGGCGUUAAAGGAGGGUCUGGUCGAUGCGUCGACCUUCCGUUGUGUGUUCAUCAUUGACCCCUGGUUUGCAAGUUCGUCGAAUGUCGGUAUUAAUAAAUGGAGAUUCCUCCUACAAUGCCUUGAUGAUUUGGACAAUAGUUUGAGGAAAUUGAAUUCACGAUUGUUCGUGGUACGCGGUCAACCGGCGGAUGCGUUGCCGAAAUUAUUUCAAGAAUGGGGCACCACAUCUUUGACAUUCGAGGAGGACCCGGAGCCGUACGGUCGGGUCAGGGACCACAAUAUAACGACGAAAUGCCGCGAAGUCGGGAUAAAUGUCCUGUCACGGGCGUCACACACCCUGUAUAAGCUGGACAACAUCAUUGAACGGAAUGGUGGCAAGGCUCCACUCACAUACCACCAAUUUCAAGCCCUUAUAGCAAGUAUGCCCGCCCCGCCGCCUUCAGAAUCGACCAUAACGCUGGAAUCUUUAAAUGGCGCUACAACACCACUAUUGGCAGAUCAUGACGAUCGGUUUGGAGUUCCAACGCUUGAGGAGCUCGGUUUUGAAACUGAUGGUCUAAAGGCGCCGGUCUGGAUUGGCGGUGAGACCGAGGCUUUGGCGCGUUUAGAGAGACAUUUGGAGAGGAAGGCUUGGGUCGCCUCAUUUGGAAGACCGAAAAUGACUCCACAGUCCUUGUUGGCGAGUCAGACUGGUCUAUCGCCGUAUUUAAGAUUCGGUUGUCUAUCGACGCGUUUGUUUUAUUACCAACUUACCGAUUUGUAUGAGAGGAUUAAAAGGGUCAGACCUCCGCUGUCUUUGCAUGGACAGAUAUUGUGGAGGGAGUUUUUCUAUUGCGCCGCAACUCGCAACCCUAAUUUUGAUAGAAUGGUCGGAAAUCCAAUUUGCGUACAAAUACCGUGGGAAAAAAACAAGGAAGCACUGGCUAAAUGGGCCAAUGGUCAGACAGGGUUUCCGUGGAUUGAUGCGAUAAUGGUACAGUUGAGGGAUGAAGGCUGGAUCCAUCAUUUGGCAAGACAUGCCGUGGCGUGUUUUCUCACUCGUGGGGAUCUUUGGAUUUCAUGGGAGGAAGGAAUGAAGGUCUUUGACGAAUUACUUUUGGAUGCUGACUGGUCGGUGAAUGCUGGUAUGUGGAUGUGGUUGUCCUGUUCGUCGUUCUUCCAACAAUUCUUCCACUGCUAUUGUCCGGUUCGAUUCGGACGAAAAACUGAUCCGAAUGGAGAUUUUAUAAGGAAAUAUAUUCCCGCCUUGAAAAAUAUGCCGACACGAUAUAUACACGAGCCCUGGAUGGCGCCAUCUAGCGUCCAACAGGCGGCCAGAUGCGUUAUAGGGAGAGACUACCCAAUGCCCAUAAUUGAUCAUUCCAAGGCCUCGCAGGUUAAUAUUGAGAGGAUCAAACAGGUGUAUGCACAGCUGGCGAAGUUUAAACCUCAAGGUGUUCUGAACCCUCAAAUCGUUCAACGUCCGAAUGUUAUGCAGUCUUCUCCGAGCCCCACAUCAAUAAUCGCCAGUAUCAAUCAGUCAAAUUUCCUGUGCAAUACCACCCCUGAAGGACAGAGUUCGAAUCCUCCAAACGCAGAGCGAGAGGAGGAUGACAUUUUCAUUCGUCCAACUAGUUUCAUUCGUCCCAUAUUGGAUUCCUCAAAAUCUCUAUUCAAGCAAGUCGUGUUAGUGCAACAACAGAAGACAACAAAAAUAUACCAACAGCCCCUAUGCCCACCUAAGGAACAUGUUAUGAACGUAGGACUGAAUAUAGCUUACAAAGAAAAAACAGAAAAUGACUUCAAAAAAGAAAAGGAGAAAUACGAUUCCACAGAUACAGAGAAAAAGUACAAUGGUAUGAACAAUAUAGAAGAAAGUUAUAUAGACUCACCCCUAAAUGAGUAUGAUUUAAAGCAAGGAGAGAUGGAGGAUAAAAAUGCAAAAAUACAUCAAAUGGUUAUCAAUAGUGAUAGACAGGAUCUCGGUUUACCUGAAGAUAGUCCUGAGUCACACAAAAAUUGAGAGCUGUUAAAUCUGGGCGGGUUAAAUGUCAGUUGACAGUUUAUAAAACCGUCAUGUUUAUUGACAAGCGACGGUUUUGAAACUGUAGUUGAUCUGUCAAAUAUCAUUGAGGUUUGAGAGAUUGAAACUGGAGAAUAUGAGAACUGCCAAAUGUCAUACAAAUUUGGCAGUUUUGAAACUAUAAUAUUAAUAUAUUUUGAAGAGAUCUUUGUGCAAUUUAUCUUGAAUAGAAAAAUAUAAUUUU